AGGACAGUUCCGCGAGCUCGUCCCCAUCCUUAGCGCCCUCCGUCAUCGAGGUGGGGUUCCCGCCAAUUCUCGCUCACGGCCGGGCAACCGCCAAGGACGGGUGCCUGCAGUCAGGGUGGAAGCCGCGCUGCCCGAGCGAGCCAGUGGCCGGCGCAAGAAGCAGGACUGUUCCUGCUGCGCGUGACCAGAGCGGCCAUGAUGGGUCGGCUGGCCUUGUCACUUCGAUCGGCUACUCAUUCUUGCACCGUGUUGUCUACACUGCAGGUGUAUAGUCAGUAUGUGGCCAUGGUGUAUGGCGCCGAGGGUCCUCUCGCGCGCGAGAGCGGGCUUGGCGUCCCCAUUGCCCGCUGCAGACUUGAAUAGUUCCUAGACCUAGGAUGUGGAAUGUAUGAAAGACCGUCCUUGUGACGGAAAGUGGAAUUCGAAGUCGCCGAGCCCUCUUGCGCGGCGCCACAAUGCUGUUCAAUUCAUCGCGUGCGGCAGACACCUGCUGCCCCCGCGGAAUCGUAUAGAAUUUGAGUGUUCGUGUGACCGUUGCAUUGUCUGGCACUGUGGCUGGCACUGGACGUCGACGUCACCGAGGCUCCUGCCCCCCGCAGAGUUGGCGACAGGUGCGGGCGAGGAGAGGGUGACGGUUGGCGGCCCGCGCGGUGCCGAGCCCACCGCGCGUCGGGAAUUUAGGCGCCGAGUCCAUGGCUCUUGUCGCCUGGACGGUGCGCACCCGCAUGCGCCGCGCUGGCGGGGCCGCUCACACGACGUGCCCUGGCCCCGCCGCCUCGCACGCCAAUCGUCUGAGAGGAGUGCUGCCUGCUCUGGGUGCCCCUCGAGGCCUUGCAGUGGGAGGCGUUGGAACCUCCCCUCCCCCCGGCUGUCCCACCCUUGCUCUCUGUCCCCUCCGCGCUCCGCC